UGUUUUCUCAUCUUUUCCAGCUUUUCCCAACUUUACCAACGACGACGUUUAAAAUUAAGUUUUUUAUUAAAUUCAUCCAAAUUAUUAGCAAAAAUUGCCAUUUUUACAAAAUCAAAGAACAUGAAUUCGGAAGUUUUCGAGAAUGAAGCAUUCAACGAUGAUUUGAUCGAACUACCGAACGACAAUUUCGCCGCGUACUGCCGGUUGUGCUUCUCUAUCUCCCAGCUAGAACCACUUUUUACUUGCUAUCAGGAUGAAAACAUCCGGGACACCAGCAUCAUCGAAAUUUGCACCGGCAUCAAACUGAGCCCCGGGACGGAUAGUCCAUCGUCUAUUUGUUCCCAGUGUCGGAACAUGUUGGAGGAAUUUUUCAGCUUCCGAAAGUUGUGCCAGCGUGUGAAUCGUGUGUACCGGCGCAAGCGGAACGAAUUAGAAGUGGCCAGGAAGGCCGCUCAUCAUGGUGUUGUAGUUGAACCCCUUGCUAUCGAGUCGAGUGUUGUACCGGAGCAGAUACUUGUAGGACAGGAAGCUGCCUUGGAAGACAUUUCAGGUGGCUUACCUGCACCGAUUGAGGUAACGGACACGACAUGCGAGGUGCAGAUAGCCAAUGAACCAUCAGCCUUUGAGGCUUCUGUGGCCGAAUCCUUGGUUGUUCAUGAGCUCUCUGACGACGACGAUGAAGUGGAGUGCGUUGGUGUUAUGUCUUUGGAAGAGAGCCUCAUGCAACACGCAAACGCGAAGGAUGCGACUGAGUCGCUUCCGUUCAUUAGAAUGGAAAACGACAUGUUCCGUUGUAAGAUAUGUAGCGGAAUUUACCCAUCAUUUGUUAACCUGGCCAAACACUUUCUUGACUUCCACCCGGAGAAGGCGAGCUUGAUUCGUAGCAAAUCGAUGGUAACUUACUUCAAGGUAAAGCCUGGCACGCUACAGACCCGGAAAUACGACUCUCAGGUUCUCAUGAAGUGCGAUCUGUGUGACACGCUGCUGUCCAGCAGUCUCUCCGUGAAAAGGCACCGCUGGAGAUAUCAUGGUGCCUUUAAGAAUUGUCAAGAAAUUCCGUGCUCGGUGCCAUCUUGUAAGAGCUUCUUUAUGGAUACCUACGGACUGAAUCGGCAUUUGUGUAUUGUCCAUUUCAAUGGGGCUAAAACGGGUGCUACGGAAAACCCUUCAGCAUCGGAAACUGAUGGCGUCGAAGAAAAUGGGAACUUUACUAAUGGAAAUGAAGCAGUAUGCGUGCCCGAUAGUACGGAAGACACCCCGCAGAACAUGGACACCCCGAUGGAUGUGGUGUACUCCGAUCUCACCGAAGGCUAAGGUAGGCUACCGAUGAAAUUGACCUUAAUAUUGUUUCAUUUAGGAGAAACCCGAAAGUAAUAACCAAAAGAAAUUUAAAA